CUAUGGUCUUGACUUACGAGCAACACCUUGGAAAAAUUGUGCUUGUUCUCUAACCGUUCCUUCUGCUUGUUUCCUAGAAUGGUGAGAACUUCUGCAUUCUGGAUGAGCAGAGAUUUGCCAAGGAGCUACUCCCCAAGUACUUCAAACACAACAAUAUCUCCAGCUUCAUACGACAGCUUAACAUGUAUGGUUUCAGGAAGGUGAUUGCUCUGGAGAAUGGUAUGAUUACAGCAGAGAAAAGCUCAGUCAUUGAGUUCCAGCACCCUUUCUUCAAGCAAGGGAAGGCACAUUUACUGGAAAACAUCAAGCGCAAGGUAUCUGCAGUAAGAACUGAGGAUCUCAAGGUCUGUACAGAGGAUUUGCACAAAGUACUCUCUGAAGUCCAGGAAAUGAGAGAGCAGCAGAACAACAUGGAUGUCAGACUGGCUAACAUGAAGAGAGAAAAUAAGGCCCUGUGGAAAGAAGUGGCAGUUCUAAGGCAGAAGCACAGUCAACAACAGAAGCUGCUGUCUAAGAUUCUUCAAUUUAUACUAAGUUUGAUGCGAGGAAAUUAUAUUGUUGGGGUCAAAAGAAAAAGGUCUCUAACGGAUGCUGCAGGUGCUUCACCCUCCAAAUACAGUCGUCAGUAUGUUCGCAUACCUGUGGAGAGUGGCCAAGCAAUGGCUUUUUCUGAACAUAAUGCAGAUGGCGAGGAUGGGAAUGGUACAGGUCUCAUCAUUCGAGAUAUCACUGAUACCCUGGAAAAUGCCACCGAUGGUCUCCUUGCUGUGGCACACACAAGUGGCAGAGCCAGAGAGACAGUGGCAGCUCUGGAUCCUGGCUUACCAAUUUGUCAAGUAUCGCAGCCAAAUGAGUUAAAUUGUGCAGAACCUAUCCCACCAGUUCAUAUAAAUGAUGUCAACAAAUCCAGUGAAAUAGGAAAUGUUGCUGUGGAACUCCACUCUGCACAACCUAAUGCUCCAGAAGACCCCGUGUCAGUGAUUGACUCCAUCUUGAACGAGAACAACUCUGGAAAUCAAAAUGAUCCUUUACUGGACAGAGAAGAAAUUCAGGAUUUUCUUAAUUGCAUUGAUGCCAGCCUUGAAGAGCUUCAAGCAAUGUUAUCUGGGAAGCAGUAUAACUUUGGUUCUGAAGCUUUCAGCGAUACAUUUAAUCCUGAGCUGCCAGCCCUGGACAUGAGCUUGAUGGAAACUUCCCCUGGUAUGGAAAAUAUUGCAAACUUGGCAGAGAGCACUGAAGAUCUGGGAGCGAGUGAGAGAGAAACAGCAGGAAGCAAAGAUAUGCAGGUGAUACAGUACAGGGCCAAUCCUCUGCUUUCAUUAUUUGAAGAACUACCUUCAAGUGAAGCUGCAGGGAAGAUAGAGGAUCCGAAAGACCUUCUACUGCCCCCCCUGGAGGAGAAACCUGCUCUUCAUCCUCCGUCAGGUAGUGAAACUGUCUUGCAGCCAGCAGCUCCAGCAAGCCAGGCUGAGCCUCUGGAUGCUCCGGGAAUGGGUGAUCCACCUCUCCUCUCGGAAGAUGGGAAUGGAGAGUAUAAACUGUUUCCACUCUUACUCCUCAGUCCUGUUGCUAACUUCAUAGAAGAGGCCUCUGAGAUAGAAACUUCUUGAACUCGCAUAACACCUGUAACUAGCUUACUGAUGUGAAAUAGACCACAAAGAAAUGGAUCAGCAAGAAUUUUGACCUCUCUCCUCACCUGCUUCCUGGGUGUCAUAUUCUGUAUAGACAAAAGAAAGUUCUCUUUCCACAAGCAAAGAGCACAUCUGGAAAAACUGAAAACAAGCUCAAAACAAGAGCUGGUGGGUGUGAAGGCACUGGGCAGAGGGGGAAGAACAGCCUCCCUGUAAACAUACCGCAAUGUAUUCCGUAACUUUUUAUCUGAUAUCCUUAUUGCAAAAGGAAAUCUGUUUGUAUCCUGUUUGUAAAGUUUGGCUGGGAAUUUUUGUUGUUUGUUGGGUUUUUGUGUGGGUUGGUUUUUUUUUUUUAAUUAGCUGGAUAGUAAUGUGGUGUGUAAUAUUUUAAACAUGGGUUUUACUCUUUCUGAGAGCCUGUUUCAACAGGUGACUUGUCUACUGUUUGGAAUUAAGAUUUUUUUAAAUUUUGUUUUUAAUUUGAGAUUUCGUUUUUGAUAGUUUGUGACUAGAAUUGUUUGCAUCUGCUUAGAUCACUUUAGUACUCCUAGAUUUGCUCCUAGGUACAGGGAACAUUUUUCCUAUGGAAAAUUAUAUUUUAACUGUGGAAUAUUACUUUUUAACAUGCUAACACACAUCCAUUGCCAUGGAUUGUAGGUGUUGUGGUAGGAAGUGCUUGCCACCCUGCAUAAUGCUGAUUUCUCAUGCACAUUGCAUGGCAGUUCUUCUAGGGUAACUUGCACCUAGCUCACAGGUUAUGUGUCCUCAGAAAUUUUGAGUAGAACUGAUUCACGUCUAGCAAAGUCCAGCAGCUGCCCUUAAAAUGGGGGGGGGGGAAGAGUCAUGGGGUAACUUGCAUUGACAUAGACAUUACAUUAAGAUUUCUCUUCUGCUUGCAGCAGCUGCUUGUUUACCUGACCCUAUAUGAACACUGGACUUCUUCCUGCCUUUUCUGCUUGUGCAAUCUUAAAGCUAAAUUAACUAGAUGCAUUUGAGUUCUUUGACAGCAAAUUACAAAAACUAGUGUCUGCUUAAUCAAAAAAUCUUUCCCCAAAAUUCCUUUCUACACUGUUUUCCUAACUUCUUUAAGCAGCUGUAAUGUAGACAUCAGCCCUUGGUGCCAGUGGAAUAGCAAGUUCUCCUUCACUGAUACCAAGUUUGUAACAGUCUAUCACUAGCCCACACAAACCUGAAGUUUGCUGUAGUGAUACAAAACAGUUAGGGAUAGAAGAGGCUUGGAGGCAGGUAGAAAACCCGUUGUAUAAUAUCACAUGAUAUUUCCUACCAGCGCAAUUACUUGCAAAUUUUUUCAGGUUUAGGAAUUCAGGCUACCCACAGGCUUUGUUCUCUCUGAAGGUUCUGAACUAAUAAGUUUUGAGAUCUUUUAUAUUCAAGAAUCCAAGUUAAUCUGAUAUUCUAAAGCCUACUAGAUAAUGCACGUUAUCUAUGCUGGCCUUGCUUAAUUGGAUUUGUGCUUCAUUGUCAAAUCUUUUGAGUUGCAGAGGAGGAUCUUGCUACUGAGUGUGUGUAUAUGUGUAAUGCCUUCACAGUGUCAUUUUAUUCCCAUGCUUCUGUAACUGUUCUUUACCUCAUGACCCUUCAUGUUUGUAUCUUUUGAAUUGCCUUUUGUCAAGUAUGUCUUAUUCUAGCCUUUUCUAGUCUUUCUUUUGCUUACUUCUUGAGACAAAGGGCUGAAUAGUCUCAAGUUUUCACGAGCUAAAGGGAGAGGGGGAAAUCAGUGAAUUGCAUCUCUGUCUUGGGUUCUGCUUUUUUUUUUCUGCCUCAAUUUUCUCCUGUGCUGUUUUGACAGCACAGUGCAGACAGAGAAGUUCUUUGAGAGGCUGAUCUUCUGUAACUCUGACUUCCCGAACAGCUUAGACUGAAGUGUAGUUCCUGUUAUGGAUUACUGUCAUGUUCUUCCAUCAUGGAGUCCUCUGAUCUCAGUGCAUCUCACCAUCAGAUAUUGGAUCUGAUUGCAUAAUAGUAUAAUAGUUUUUUAAUACACUUUCUCUCUUAAGAAGUUAGAAACCAAGGCUUAAGAAAACUGCAAAUAAAAACUUGUGCAUCUG